GCCGUGCGUGUCAGCGCCUUGUUAUCUCCCUGUUGCCUGGGCAACAAAACAAUCCGGCUCAACUCCACACGGCCUCGGCCGACUUAUCAAUUAUUCAUGCUCAAAUAUUGUCUUGCGUUUGUCUGCGCUGCGAGAAAUCCGACUCCCCAGACCCACUUUAGUUUGUGACCUUCCAACAGGUUCCGGCCGUGCCUUCCGACUUCCUGGGCUGUACCGCCAGUCCCGAGUUCUAUUCCUGCUGCAGACUGUCCCGGGUUCGUUCCCCACACCGCCGCCAUGUCCGCUACACGUGAGAACGGACGCAGGGACGACUCGCGCAGGGACGACGGGUCCGACAGCGACACAGAGGUGUCCUCGCUGAAGCGCGUGGAGCCCGUGCUGCUGGUGCCCGAGGGAAGAGACGCUCUGGACUCCAUCUGCCCCGAGUACGCAUGCACGGACAGGUCCCGUCUAUGGCUGACGUCUCUGGCUCUGAUGUGGUGCUUUGUCCUGGGCGCAGUGGACUGCUACUCCGACUGGCAGGCGUACGGACAGCUGGUGUACGACACGGCGGAGCCCGAGCCGAGCUUCGCGCAGCGCUGGGGGCUGUUCGUGUUCUGCGCCGUGGGCACGCUGCUGUUCCUGUGGGAAACGCUGCUCAACAACCUGCUGGAGUACUGCGCCAUGCCGCACCUCGACGUGGAGCUCACCCUCAUCCUCGUCCUCUCAUUGGAGGAGAUCCCACUCCGCGUCAUCAACUACGUCACCAGCGUCAUCCGCGGCCGCGCAGCAUUCUGGGCCAUGUUCAGCGGCUGGGUGGGCCUGCUGACCGUCACCUUCCUGCACGGACUGCGCAUGUACAAACGGAGUUACCAUGGCAGCAUGGUGGCGCUCCGGGAAAAGACGUAUUACAGGCGCAGGGGCGUGGUGCUGACAGUGAUCUGUCACGUGUUGUUUCUUACGUUCUUUGUGCUCACAAUAGUACAGACCGCGCACUACACUACACACAAGGUGUGACGUGUCUCUCACGUGUUUUACCUCACCGCGCACUACACUACACACAAGGUGUGACGUGUCUAUCAUGUGUUGUUCCUUACCUUAUUUGUGCUCACAAUAGUACAGACCGCGCACUACACUACACAUAAGAUGUGACGUGUCUGUCACGUGCUGUUCCUUACCUUAUUUGUGCUGACAAUAGUACAGACCGCGCACUACACUACGAGCUACUCCUCAUAACGUAUUAUGUACUACACGCAAAAUGUGACCUCACAAAAUCGAAAGGGUGACGUCACAAAACAACAUAACGUCCCGGAUGUUGAAAGUUUCUGUAAUUGAUGGAGAUUUUAUAAUUAUAUCUGCCGAUGGUGCCUGAUCAGUCUCUCCCGGUGGCAAUGGACUCUCCCUUACCGGCUACAGUCGUUGUCUAGUUUAUGAUACAAUCUUAUGCCACCGUAGGAUCUUCUUGGUGAUUAUAUUAGAUGUUAUUGUACAUUGCAAAUAUUGUUGUUAGAAUCGUUUCCUACAAAGUGGUGUUUUGGUGCAAUACAAAUAUAUUUCACAGAAAAUAUUGUUAUUAAUCUUUGUAAAGCUUUAACGGCAAACUUUUCUAUUGUACAUAGCAAAGUCUUCAUAGCAAGUAUUUGUACAUUACAAUUUUCGCAGCAAGUUUUGUCACUAUGCUUAGCAAAGGUUUCACAGCAAAUAUUUCUGUUGUACAUUGCAAAUGUACCACUAUGUAUCAGCAUGUGCAGAAUGAUUAAAUUAUGUGUAUCAGCAUAUGCUGAGGUUAUUUUAGGUACGUACCAAUUUACUGACAUUUAAUUGAAAUUUGGAAAAAAAAAUGGUCCAAGUACUGUUGCGUGACAGUUUCUUUUUUCCAACCUCUGUUCGUAUUUACACCAACUUAGAUUAAACUUACAUCCACUCUUAAACGAGGAUCAUAGACCCUUGAUAUAAAGUUGUUACUACCGGUGCUGCCUUGGUCUAUAUCGGUGGAAAGAAA